UGAGCCUGGCUCAGUCUUUACGGCAGCGACCCGGGUUCGACUCCUGCCCUUGGUCACUGUCUGCGUGUCCUUAUGUCUCCCUUUCUCUCAUACCUUCAUGUCUAACUCUGUGUUUCUGCAUGAAUAUUGCGAAAUAAAUCUUUGAAUAAAGAAUAUGCUGCUGGCCGCAGUCAGAUCUAUAUAAUUUACGAAAUAUAAUAUAAAUAGAUUAGAUGGCAUUUGAGUACAUUUCUGAUUAAAAAAAUAAUUAAAAAGAUCCUUUCAUCAUCAGUGGCGUUUUCUCCCGGAGGCCAUUGGCUUCCCUGUUUUUUAGACAUCCAAUAAAAACAUUUAUAUUAACAGUUUCGGUUACUCUUUGGUGCUGUGUUGGUGUCAUUUCUUCCACAUUUUCUCGCCUCAUUGAGCAUUUUAAAAUGCACCAAACUGCGCCCCUCUAAAUACUAAAUACGCGGUAAAACACGACAUGGCACACAGUACGUCCACGAGCAAUCCAGCCCGAGAUGGUAUCCCUUGGUGAGAAAAAAAAGAGAAGGAUUAACCAAUCAGGCGAGGCUACAGUCAUGACACUGCCCUCCUGUGAUUAGUCAGCAGGGUGCCAAGGGAAGUCACCAGGCGGGCCCUUGGCUUCACACCAAUCAAAUCAAAGAAUCAACGUCAACGUAAACAAAUAGCGGGAGAUAAGAUUUUUACCAUAUUAUCGUAUAAGCAAGUGCAGUUUUGGAGGAUGGAGAUUUAGAGUAGGACAAUUUGGUAACAUUUAACCAAACUGCCACAUGGGCAGCAACAAAAAAAUAAAUCUGACGGCAGGCCAAUGCCGAAGCUUCAGCUGCUUGUGGAGAGAAAGAAGAGUGGUUAUCGCACUUUCAAUGAGGAUAACUAUGUCCGGACCGAGUUGCUAGCUGGUAGCGCUAAACUUCAGCUAUUUUGCUGACCAUGCCUUCUUUUUUUUUACCAAGAUUCAUGCUCCCUGAACAAUCCCUGGGUGACAGGGAUCUUAUUGACCUCUUCGCCACCAUGAAAGACAGGAGAAAGGCCUUCCUCUACAAAUAGGUGAUGACGUCGUCUGCUGACCAGGAAGUCAAGCAGAACCUGAUCUCCACUGUGGGGGGAGAGGUCACCAUACCUGAGCCUGUCAAGGGUCCUGGAUUUCUUCUGAAAGAAAGAACUGUAAUCGCUACAGUGACCAGUGAUAGAAUAAUAACAAAAUCAAAUAAUCGUUUCCUUGGCCGACUGUCCUUGAACCGAGUCACUGGGCAGUACACCAUAAGAAGUCUGCAGAACAACGAUUCAGGGUUUUAUACUGUUGAUCAAGAAGACACAUAUAAAUCUGAAUCAUUCAAGCUGAGUGUUUAUGACGCCGUCCUGGAGCCCGGUGUCACCGUAGCGUCUGUGAGCAGCGAGCGCUGCACCCUGCUGUGUGCUGUGGACCAACUGAGUGGAGGGACUCUCUCCUGGUAUCAAGGAGAGGUCCUGGUGAACCAGAGCAGCACCCAGCGCUCUCUCCCUCUGACCGUGGUCAGGCUGGGUCUCCGGUCCUCCUACCGCUGUGUGUCUGCCAACCCUGCUGGGAACCUCACCCGGUCAGUCGACGCUAAGACGUCCUGCACAGUACAGCAGCGCACUGGUGAUGAAGAUGAAGAGGAGUCUAACAGGCUGGUCCGGAUUGUGAUUCCGAUCAUCUGUGGUGUUACAUUCAUCCUAUUCGUAUCUGUCAUCAUAUUCUUUGUUGACAGACAUCUCCAAGCUUCAAUCCAGCGGGAACGUUGCGUUACACAGCAGGAGGAGCUGCAACACGUACGUCAGAUACAACCAGAUACAAGGCAAAGAGAACUUAAAGGAAUAAUCGUUCUUGGAUCAAACCAUCCUAGCCGCCUGGUGUCAGUAAAACAUUUGUUACCAAAAAAAGGAUGACUCUGUUUGCAUUUAGUGUGCGCCCCCCGGCACGAAUAUAACAACAGCACAAAUUGAGCAAUAUAGCACUUGGGUCUUUUGGACCCAAGUGAUCAAUGUGCUUCAGCCCAUAUGGAUCCAUAUAAUGAAUCACCCUACAAUUACAGUGAAUCUCCCUGCACGUUCAGUGAAUCACCCUACCAGUAGAGUAGGGUAAAUCUGAACAUUGGCUUCCUGUUGGAAGACCUUCCUGAGACCAAUCUGUUAUUUAUUCCCAGAGUAUACAAAAAACAUGGGAAAGCAGGAUUUAGUUAUGCAACAAAUAGCUGGAAUAAACUCCCUGAGGAUUUAAGACUUGCCCCAACUCUGACAACUUUUAAAACAA